UGUUGGAUGGGACGAUUCACUCAUCAUGACGACGACAUAUCAUCGUUUUUUAUUUCCACUUGAUUAUACAUCGCAUAUGCUAAUAGCUAUUCCGAAAUUCCACAGCCUGUGAACUCCAGAACCGCGGACCCAAACGCAGCAUCAGCCGCCGCAUCCGCCUUCAUGUCUGCCUCAAACCACAAACCCAGCAGGUCGCUCUCGUCGGCUGCUGCGGCUGCCGCGCUCCGAGCACGUCCUCAUACGCCUACAAACGUAGGUGAAGUUCAAACAAAAAGGACGAUACGUCGAAGUACCUCGAUAUCUUCAGCAGGAAGUGCCGCCGCAGCUGUCCAUGGUUCGCGCCCAGCGGAGCUUAAAAGAACGAGUAGCUCAAGCAGUAUGGCAGAGCGUACAUUUCGAAGUCCUUCGCCGCAUCGAGCUGGCUCGAUACAAACGACCGACGAACGCCCACCGGUGCCUCAAAUACCCCCAGAUCAUAAAAAGGUGUUACGCCAAGCUUCCACAAGUGUGGGAAUGCAGAAUUUUAAGACCGCAUCGCAAAAAAUGAAGCCAGGACAGUCUUCAUGGUAUACCGAACCAUCAGGCGACCCAAGUAACGUAAGGACAUCUGAUCUGCCGAUGAAGACACGCAAACCCGAACCGUUAAAACCUCAGAAUAUCCCUACUUCAUCGCAGAGACCAGAUAGCAGGAGUUCUUCAGUAAACUUUUCAUACCCGACUGUUUUUCGAGCCCAGUCACCACCUGCAUCUCCUACCUACACGCAGGUGCCACAAUUUGCAAAUCCACUACCUCGCAGGCCCGCUUCGCCACCUAGGUCGAAUAGAGCUUCUAUAUCCUCGAUUACAAGCGGGAAGUCCGAUCUACCGAUGGUAUACGACCCAAAUUCUAGGAGAAUGAUUCCAAGGCCCACGAUAGAUAAUGACUCCUACAUCAAGGAAACGGGAGAGAAGCAGUCGAAAAAGAAGAAAUAUAACGGGACUCAGAGAGAAAGCAACUACCUCGAGAAAGCGACAGGCAUAAGGACAAGAGGAACUGCCAUUGACAUAGACGCGAGUGAACGCGAUCCGCCAAAGCGAGAGGCACCAAUCGUCGAGACACCGCCAAAAGCAGAGGAGUCGCGGACAUUGGGGGAUCCCACAAUCAAGGCUAUUGCUACAACACCAGGACCGGUACGGCAUCAGGAGGGGCUAGAUAACAAUAACCAGUCAUCAAGAUUACAAGGUGCACACGUGCCGAGGAUCGAGAGCCCGUCUCUCCUCCAGACAGCAUCUAACUAUCCGGGUCGAAUCUCACCAAAUUUAGUGACAAAACCAGAUGUUCCAGAUGAGCCCGAGGAUGUCUCUGACGAAGACGAUGCUACGAAUCAGCCAUCUCGAAAGGUACUCGAAGCGCUAGACGCAGUACCGACGAGACAGUCGAUUUUUGAGAGACCUCAAGGCCCACCGCUUUCAAGUGAAUCAGCUCGAGUAAUUGUUAGACAAAGUCAAAAUGACAGAUUUAUAGAACAAGCCGACUCCCCUAUCGAUGGUGCGCCAGAAAAUAAGUCUCUAUCCGCGAAAAACAAACCAGUUGUAGAGCUUUCUAGUAAAGAAAGUUAUGCACGACGAUCGAACUCAAACAGCCCAGCUCGACAAGCUCAUUUCUCAAUAACUCCAUCAGAUAAUCUCGCAGUACGGCACAUCCCUUUGCCAAGAUCGGCGUCGCCUAUUAAGUCAGCUCUCAAACGUACUAGUUCAACGUCGAGAGAAGUGUCUCCAUCGGAAAAAGGCUCAGAAAUUUCAAGAUCUCGCGACGUGUCUCCACUACAAGAGGAGACUACAACACCUCGUAAAAAGUCGGUCCGCGUUAGUUUUGAUGACCGAACUAUGGCUACAGUGGUUGGUGAAUCUGCAGGAGAUACAGACGAGUCGGGCCCACCAAGUCCACAGCAAACUAAGCGGCCUUGGUACAGUAAUAUCGGGCGAAGUAAGAGGAAAGACUUUGCUCUCGAGGACGACGAAAUUAUGAAACCUCGGCCUGCGUUGCCAAGCUUUGGAAGUAUUAGGGAAAGAAAGCCAAGGGAACCCGAAGAACGACCUCUUGUACGCCCACAAGAGUUGGCCCAUUCAUCUGAUUUGCGCUCAUCCGCCCCAAACGCGCCUAGUAACUCUGGGACUCCUGAUGAGCUGCCGUUAGGGCAGUCAAGCGAUCAGGUUAUAGGUUCAAUUUUUGUUCGAGAACAAACCCCACGAAACGCACCAAAUAUCUCAAGGUUUAGGGAACCAUUGCCACCCGUUGUGACCUCGGUGGAAGGAAGUGGUUAUAUCUCAGACAGCAUCAAGAGCUCCGAUUCCGACGAUGAACUCCUCAAUAGCAUCGGAGGGGCGAGUGAUACAGAGGAUUUUCCUAACACACAGAUUACCCAACCAGAUACCCAAGAUAAUUCUCAAAACAACUCAACCAUUCUUGAGAAAAAGUUUGUCAAAUCAGAGGCAGUUGUACCAAAUGCAAUUCAACUUCCGCCGCAUGAUAUUCCCGAAAUUGCUAUAAUACAACCCAGUCCAAAAGUUCCGGAGCGAGGUACAUCCGCCGCAAGCGUUCUAGAAGAACCCUUCUUCGACGUCCCAGGCGGGUUCCCAGAUGAUGGAUCAGACAAAACACGUGAUAUUCAGCCUUCGUCGCAGAGUAUUAAUAGCAAUGCCAAUGGCGAUGCUUCCCCCUCCCCUAUCUUCGAGCCAAAAACAAUGGUACACUCUAUCCAACCUGGAGUACUCCCUCAAACUACACUCGCUACAACAGCUCUAUUAGACGUAGUGGAUAAUGAGUCUACAGACGACUCUGCAAGUAUAUACAGUGAUGCAUACGAAGAUCCCUGGAAUGCCGAGGGAGAUGGUUUCUUGUCUUUGAAUGCUGUUGUCGAGAAGCCUAUCGACAGAAUCGCCCCAUCCCAAUUGUCAGAGUUACCCGGUGAUGCUCCACAAGGGCCUCAUGAGAAAUAUCAACUCCCAACCGAUAAGCAGCUUGGAGCCGCUGCCAAUAUCUUGGAACCGGUACGACAUCAAGAUGAUUGGGAACAGGCAAAAGCCUUUUGGCGUAGUUUAACAGCCGAGAAGAGGCUUCAGCUUGAGCGGGAGGCUAUGGAAGAGGCCGGAGCUGAAGGGGACGAGGACGAGGUUGAACGCCCUAUUCGAAAGAAUAGUGUUCAGAAGGCAACUACUCAACAGCGAACAGCAACUGAAGCGCGGCUUAGAACGUCGACACAGCCUGAAGAUGUCUUAUCUACCAACUCCGCAAAAGUUUCUGCAGUCAAGUCUAAGUCCAAAGCUACCCAAGAACCCCCUCAUCAACCAGCGACAUCAUCGCGGAUGCGCAUGUCCCUGCGUAGAGAAAAGCCCGGACAGGCUUCAGAUGGCAUGCGAAAAACAAUGAGGUCUCAUACUGGGGGAGGACAAGCCAACCAACCUUCUCGCCAGGCCAUGCAGAAUGGGGAAUCCACUCCCGUCUCUACAAAGCCAAUUCAACAACAGGCACAACAACCUACUCAAAAAUUACCUACUAAAAGAGCAAGCAGCUCUUUUCCUAGUGAUAAACCUCAUUUACAACGCCGCGGGUCUGAUGCUAGCGACAGCAGCUUUAAGCGUAACCGCGCCGCCCGUAACAGCGGAUUCAGCCUCCGCAGUUCCAUGCGCCCAUCAUCUGCCAAUCCAACUCAAGACAUAACUAGAAGCUCCGGACGGUUCAGCCUACGAUCGCUCUCGCCAACCGGCUCUUCAUUCCGGCAAAGUUUAGCUACUAAUGCUACGAGUGGAGCACCAGCCCCUACGAUGCGGCGCACCCUACGAUCUAGUAGUGUGUCAAGUCAAGAAAGGAUCCUCCCAUCUAUCCAUUUCCCCUCGUUUGGUCGGUCGAAUAAGAAUCCUACAACAAAGCGUUCCAAGAGAUCCAGUCGCCUCGGCGACUCAAGCGACGAAGACGAAGGUGAAAUUGCCGGCUUCCGCAGCCGCUUUGACGAUUCUAGUGACGAAGAAAGUGUUCGUCCCAGUACUUCAGCACAGGCAGGGCCUCUAUCAAGGGGAACUCUUAGAGGAUCUGCUACUGGCGCAGCUGGCUUUCGGAAAUCCACGCCUGUGCCAGAAGUAGACGAGGAUUCACCGGCGUUACCCGACAGUGAUGAUGAGAUGCCCAGUCCUAUGCAGAGCCUGCGAAGGAAAGCCCCCAUCGGCGGUGCAGGUUUAGCCCGUUCAAAUUCCGAAGCUCUGGGGACUGCGAUACUGACGCGAUCACGAUCCGGUCGUGGCGGGUUUGAUACUUCCGUAUCGACCCCUACUACACCAAAUAGGGAAAGGCGAAGCUCCCUGAUGGGGAUAUUGAGACGCAACAAGAGAGCCGAUCCCGCAGGUAAAAUUCAACGCUCCGGGCUUGUGGAGAGCGCAGCUAGGCGUGAUACUAGGUUGGAGCGAAGUAGUGAGCAAUUAAGAGACCUUCGAAGCGACAACUCUUCCGGUCUAAGGCUCCAGAAGCGAUCUUCCGUGAAAAGAAACGACAGCUGGCCCUUAGGCGAGCCAUCUGGGAACGAGGGUAUAAAACGACCAAGCUCGGCCGGCAAUCUACUCGGUGGAAGUGGCACGGGGGGCGCCGGUCAGAGGCCCGAACUGAAUGACAGACGAAGCACGAGCCUAGGACUUCCCACAGUAUAUCAGAACGAACGAGAUGAGGUGAUUGUUGACGGUGUAGAACAUAAGAAGAAAAAGAAGUUCGGUGCACUGCGCCGGAUGUUCGGUCUAAACGAUUAGAAAGCGUUUACUACCGAGAAGAAGCAACGUAGGGUGUUAGUGAAAGGAGGACGCCGAACCGCGUCGUUACGGUGCGCCGGCUAUCAUUACGAAUCGCGACUUUCUAUUUGUUCACCAAGACCGCGGGAGUUUAGGAAAAGGGCAAAGGGCUC